UCUCAAAGCCUGGGCACUCGGAGGUCGCAGAGCGGGGGCAGGCGGAGGCCGGAGAAGCCAGCAGUAGCAACAGUAAGCGGGACGGAGUUAGGACCGCUCGGAGCGCCCAGGUCUCGAGGUAGUAUAAGGUUUGCAAUCCUUCCACUUGCAGGCAGUUGCAGGAGAAGAUCUGCUUUUAAGUGAAACGUACCAGCCACCCCUCCGAGGGCUGCGGCUUCCUCGGGCUCGCUUCUUUCUUUCUCGCGUCUCCGGCCCUCGCGCUCACUCUUUGAUUUGUCAGCGCCCCUAAGUUUGCCCAAAGCUCGCUGCCCGCUCGGAGCACCGUCCGGCCAGGCGCCGCGGGCGGGGGCGGGGAGCCGGGGCACCGCAACCGGAGGCUUCGGGGGCCAUGUAUAUUUCAUCAAAUGGACUUUGGGUGCGUCGCGUCUCGCAGCCAUCACCGCUAUGUGCAGUGACAUUUCUGACUUGAGUGGAGGAAUGCGCGAAGCAAGCCCGGACGAAAUUGGUACUAGAGGAUCAUCUUGGCGCCAAUGCUAAUUGUCCUGAUUUAUGUCCCUUCUGACUAAGCUCAACGUCUUCAUCUGAAAUAAAAUGAAAGCUGUGCCAAGCGGGGUAGAACCUCCGGGCCGCUGGUUCUGAUCCCCGGGAAUCAGGAAAUCAUCCUGCAGCUUAAAAAAAAAAAAAAAUUAAAACGAAAGAGAGAGAGAGAGAAAAAAUAGAAUAGGGAAAAAAAAAAUCCCUCAGUAAAAGUUUAAGGCGAGAAGUGGCAGAGGCAGUGGCGCGAGGAGGCGCGGAGGAGAGCCGGCGAGCGGGGGACCGGGCUGGCAAGCCCUCCCGCAGGCUGGGGUUUCAUUAUUAAUAUCACUAUAUUUUUGGAGGGAGAGGCACCUUUCUCAUCCUCUCUUCCUCUCCGCCCACCCCAGUUCCCUCCCCCUCAUCUACCUGUCAAAGUCACUGAUCUUUUGCAUUUCGGAAGAGGACGUCAACGGGAAGGAAUUCCCCCUCUCGGCGCGGGCUCCGAGAGGGGGCGACGCGCGGGCGGCUCCCCCCGGGGGCGCGCGGCGAAGGGUGUCGGUGUCAGAAGAAAAAAAAUGAUUGAUGGCAAACAGACACUGGGCUACAGACACUCACCCUUUUGCUUCGGAGGCUGAUAUGUCCUUGCUGUGAUCUCCUGUGAACUGUGAACAUCGAGGGUCACCUGAGGUUAUCCGAUGUACAAGGGGAGAGCCAUCACUUUGCUACAUCGUUACCCAUUGCUGGACACCUUUUGCAAAAUCCAAACUAGACUCCAGUCGAUUAGACAUGUUCUAGGACAAUGAAAAAGCUACAAGUUGUUGUCACUGCCUCACACCCAAGAAGCAUGUUCGGCUUCUACCAAAGUCCUUGACGUACCAAAAGGCACACGCUGCCUAUCCCUUCCCUUUUAGUUUUGGAACCUGCUUUGAGGGCUCAUCCUAUUUCUUUUACUCUCUCUUGAUACACUGAUCUACCUACCUAAAGACAUAUAUGUACAAAUAAAAUCAACGUAGCUCUCAGAUAAGCAAACCCUGCUUCAGCAUCUACGAAGAUUGCCAAGAAAUUAGAGAUGUAUUUGUCAAGAUUCCUAUCCAUUCAUGCCCUCUGGGUCACAGUGUCCUCGGUGAUGCAGCCCUACCCUCUGGUGUGGGGACAUUAUGACGUGUGUAAGACUCAAAUUUACACAGAAGAAGGGAAAGUUUGGGAUUACAUGGCCUGUCAGCCGGAAUCCACAGACAUGACCAGGUACCUGAAAGUGAAACUGGAUCCCCCAGACAUUACCUGUGGAGACCCUCCUGAGACUUUCUGUGCAAUGGGCAAUCCCUACAUGUGCAAUAAUGAGUGUGAUGCAAGCACCCCCGAGCUGGCACACCCCCCUGAGCUGAUGUUUGAUUUUGAAGGAAGACAUCCCUCUACAUUUUGGCAGUCUGCUACUUGGAAGGAGUAUCCCAAGCCUCUCCAGGUUAACAUCACUCUGUCUUGGAGCAAAACCAUUGAGCUCACAGACAACAUAGUUAUUACCUUUGAAUCGGGGCGUCCAGACCAAAUGAUCCUGGAGAAAUCUCUUGACUAUGGACGAACAUGGCAGCCCUAUCAGUACUAUGCCACAGAUUGCUUAGAUGCUUUUCACAUGGACCCUAAAUCCGUGAAGGAUUUGUCACAGCACACGGUUUUAGAAAUCAUUUGCACCGAAGAGUACUCCACGGGGUACAUGACAAAUAGCAAAUUAAUCCACUUUGAAAUCAAAGACAGGUUCGCAUUUUUUGCUGGACCUUGGCUACGCAAUAUGGCUUCCCUCUACGGCCAGCUGGAUACAACCAAGAAACUCAGAGAUUUCUUUACAGUCACAGACCUGAGGAUAAGGCUUUUGAGACCAGCCGUCGGGGAAAUUUUUGUAGAUGAGCUACACCUGGCACGCUACUUUUACGCAAUUUCAGACAUAAAGGUGCAUGGAAGGUGCAAGUGCAAUCUCCAUGCCACUGUGUGUGUGUAUGACAACAGCAAAUUGACCUGUGAAUGUGAACACAACACUACAGGUCCAGACUGUGGGAAAUGCAAGAAGAAUUAUCAGGGCCGACCUUGGAGUGCAGGCUCGUAUCUCCCUAUCCCCAAAGGCACUGCAAAUACCUGUAUCCCCAGUAUUUCCAGUAUCGGUAAGUGUUAUUGUGACCCUGUGGGCUCAGUCCAUGGUCGUUGUAAUGGCUCAGGAUUUUGUGAGUGUAAGACUGGAACAACAGGGCCUAAGUGUAAUAAGUGUCUGCCGGGAAAUUCCUGGCACUACGGCUGUCAACCAAAUGUCUGCGACAACGAGCUCCUGCAUUGCCAGAACGGCGGGACCUGCCACAACAACCUGCGCUGUCUGUGCCCCGCGGCAUACACGGGCAUCCUGUGUGAGAAGCUGCGCUGUGAGGAGGCUGGCAGCUGCCCCUCGGGCUCCGGCUCGGGCCAGGGCGCACCCCCGCGGGGCUCCCCGGCGCUGCUGCUGCUGCUGCUGCUGCUGACUGCCACUGUGCUGGGCAUCGCCAGCCCCCUGGUGUUCUAGGCGCGAUGCCACCACCGGACAGGCCCAUGCCGUGCGGAGGCCAGCACCACCCAAGUAUUUGCUACUAACCUAGGAAACACAUAGACACCCCACUCAGACACAGUGUAUAAACUAAGAAGGCCUAACUGAACUAAGCCAUAUUUAUCAGCCGUCGACAGCACAUCCGAGUCAAGACUGUUAAUUUCUGACUCCAGAGGAGAUGGCCGCUGUUGAUACUAUCACUGCAAAUCACAGGGCCAGCUGCAGAGCUUGUUGCCGAUGGGAAAGGCUGGGACAGCCCCCCCUCCUCCACAGGAAAGACAAAAACGAACAAACACGUCAACCCACCGUAAAAAACACAAUUGCUACUCUCACGUGGUGCGCGCGCCGCGGCCACGUGGCCCCGUGUGGACCAACCAAAUAGAAGCAUCCUUUGCUGGCAGUGCAUUGUGGGUAUAAGGAAACCUGUUACAAGCUGCCAUAUUGGCCUGCUUCAGUCCCCGAAUCCCUUCCAACCUGUGCUUUAGUGAACGUUGCUCUGUAACCCUUGUUGGUUGAAAGAUUUCUUUGUCUGAUGUUAGUACUGCACAUGUGUUAACAGCCCCCUCCAGAAGCUCCAGCCAGUCAUACCCCCGUAUAUCUUAGCAGCACAGUCAUCCGGCGGAGCCACCAUCCACUGUCCAGAGUGGCUAUAGGUUAAAAAAGAGAGAGAAAGUGUAUCUAUCCUUUUGUAUUCAAAUGAAGUUAUUUUUCUUGAAAUACUGUAAGAUGUAGAUUUUUUGUAUUCUUGCCAAUUUGUGUUACCAGACAAUCUGUUCAUGUAUCUAAUUCGAAUCAGCAAAGACUGACAUUUUUCUUUUGUCCUCUUUCGUUCUGUUUUGUUUUCAUUGUGCAGAGAUUUCUCUGUAAGGGCAACGGAAGUACUGGCAUCAAAGAAUAUCAGUUUACAUAUAUAACAGUGUAAUAAGAUUCCACCAAAGGACGUUCUCUAAGUGUUUUCUUGUUGCUUUAACACUGGAAGAUUUAAAGAAUAAAAAUUCCUGCGUAAACGAUUUCAGGAAUUUGUAUUGCAAUUUCUUAAGAUGAAAGGCGCAACCACCAAGCACUUUCACACUCGCUUUACUGAUUUCUAUGUGGACUGAAUACAUUCAGCUGACGAAUUUAGUAUCCAGGAAGACGGAUUGAUGUUCACUAGCUUGGACAACUUCUGCGAAAUAUAAGACUAUUUCCACCUGGGAAAAAGUAUAACAGCAAAAAAUAAAUAAAUAAAUAAACAAAAUCUUAAGUGAUUGCCAAGAUGAUGCCAAAGCCUGUUGGCAGAGUACUGAGAGACUUUUAUUUUUAAGUCAUGCUAUUUUCACAGAUUGAUGUGAUCAUGUGACUAGGGAUGCCGGUCUAUGUAUCUUUGCCGUUCCAGUGUUUACAUGGAGUUUCACAAGAGACAACCAGGGGAGUAGAAGGGAAAUUGAGUGAUUAGCAAUUUGACUUUGAAUAUAUUCAGACUAAGUAUUUAGAGGAAAUAUCAAAAUAGACAGCAGCGAGUAGACAUAACUGCUGUUCCUGAGAAUAAAGUUUGUUUUAAGUAUCGCCCAAGGUGUAAUAAAUUCUUAUUUCUGCCUUUUAUUAGGCCAAUUACUGAGCAAGAUGGCAAGGGGAGGAAGAGAGAAUCAUUGCAAAGUACAAAGUGGCUAAAACAGUGUCUGUUCCAUUCCCAGCACACUGUUUUCCUGCAGGUUACAAAUGUAUUAUUGGCAGGCCUCCUGGAAUCAAAAACAAUUAUCAGCUCCAGCCAGAGUCUUCAGGACAGUGAAAUCCUACAGGACAAUAACCAAUGAGAGUUCGAGGUCAGUAUCCUACUUCCCGUCUGCAUUCCUCACCCUCAGCCACCCCUGGCUAACGGGGGAAAUGUCUUCUGAUAAAUAACCUGGGUAAAAACUAGAUGAAGGAACAGCGUGUCUUAUUGGUUUUGUUCCCAGAAAAGCCAAUUCAAAGAAGGCAAUAACAGGUAAACAGGUAAUGGUCGUGCUGCCUGCCACCCCACGUCCAAAUCGAUUGAAUGUUUGUUAUUCAGACCACCAGUCUCUUUUGAUGUAAGAAAUAAGAAAAGAUGGAAACAAAUUAGAGUGCUGGCUUAGUGCCAGAGUGGCCACGCAGAAAUUGGAGAUUUACAUUAGAAGCAUAAACAAGCAAAUUAUAUUUUGGGCUCACCAAAGAAUACAUAUGAAAAAUACCAGUAACAGAGUUUGAGAUUAUUUAUAAUGAGGUGGAUUUCUAAUAUUGAAAUUGGAAUUUAAGUUGUCUUAUAGUUUAUUAACACAAACCAAAGGCAGACUGUGUUAUUUCUAGCAACGAUGCACUUUAUCAUCAUUUUCCACUCAUGGCUUUGUCACAAUGCUCAGGAAUCAGACUCUGCACAUUUCAAUAUGUGGGAUUCCAAAAGCUAAUUCUAAAAUUUAAUGAAGGCCUGAUCUAAAUCAAUUCAUCUGCAUUUUAUCUUUAUGAAGCUAUAAGAAUCUAAAUUGAUGAGGAAUAUCUUGCGUUCAGUGUAUUUAGAUAAGUUUUCUGAAUUUCCUGGAGUGAUGUGAUCUGC